AUGGAACCACCUCGCCCAGCCCUCCCUCCAGGCUACCACCUCGUCGAGGGCACGCCGGAUGCAGCCGCCUACUGCCACCUUCGAACAACCAGCGGCCUUUCUCCCAAAACUGAAGAGCAAGCGCGCAUCGCGCUAGCGGGUACUUGGUACAUGUGCUACGUCACGUACACCAAACCGCAGAGCCAUAAAAGUGCCGAUAACUUCACUGACGUCGGCGCUGGCGAUCAUCUCGAACAGAUCGCUGAAGUGGUGGGAAUGGGCCGGAUUAUCGGUGAUGGAGGGUGGUAUUUUCUCAUUGCAGACAUUGCGACUCUCCCAGAACAUCAACGGCGAGGAGUGGGCGAUGCCAUCAUGACGAGACUUGUGCACUGUGUCCGAUCACGCGCUCCCCCGGGGGCCUUGGUCGCUCUGUUUGCCGACCCGCCUGGAAGACGCCUUUACAAACGGCAUGGAUUCGAGGAGACGGCUCCAGGUUCUCUAGGGAUGGCAAUUGAACUGUGA